UGGCGCGCGAGCACGCGGAGGCGGAAGGCCAGAGCAGCAGUCCUUCGCGGGAGCGAGUGCGCAGGCGCCUUUUUGGGGCUCGCUGCAGGCGCGAAUCCCAGCGUUCCGCCGGCGGCUGGGCUACUUCUUCAUAGAUCUAAAAAUCAGUAUUUAACUGGAAACAAAGCAUCACUUAAAAUCCUCUCAAACACGUCAUGCCAAAAAAUUGAUAACAUUUCUUUGAUCAAGAAAGGAAGUGACUAUGUGUUAAAAGUAUUCUGGCAUUUGCCCUCUUUUUUUCCCCCUCCCUAAAUUUGAAGAAGAAAUAUGGAGAAAUGGUACUUGAUGACAAUCGUGGUCCUAAUAGGACUAACAGUACGGUGGACAGUUUCUCUUAAUUCUUAUUCAGGUGCUGGAAAACCCCCUAUGUUUGGUGAUUAUGAAGCUCAGAGACAUUGGCAAGAAAUUACUUUUAAUUUACCAAUCAAACAAUGGUAUUUUAACAGCAGUGAUAAUAAUUUACAGUAUUGGGGAUUGGAUUAUCCACCUCUGACAGCUUAUCAUAGUCUUUUAUGUGCAUAUGUGGCAAAGUUUAUAAAUCCAGACUGGAUUGCUCUCCAUACAUCGCGCGGAUACGAGAGUCAGGCACAUAAGCUUUUCAUGCGUACCACAGUGUUAAUUGCUGAUUUGCUGAUUUACAUACCUGCAGUGGUUUUAUACUGUGUGUGUUUAAAAGAAAUCUCAACUAAGAAGAAGAUUGCUACUGCAUUAUGCAUAUUGCUGUAUCCAGGCCUUAUUCUUAUCGACUUUGGACAUUUUCAAUAUAAUUCUGUGAGUCUUGGCUUUGCUUUGUGGGGUAUUAUUGGAGUAUCUUGUGACUGGGACCUGCUAGGCUCACUGGCAUUUUGCUUAGCUAUAAAUUAUAAACAGAUGGAGCUUUACCACUCCUUGCCAUUUUUUUGCUUUUUACUUGGCAAGUGUUUUAAAAAAGGCCUCAAAGGAAAGGGGUUUGUACUGUUAAUUAAGCUGGGCUGUACUGUUGUGGCUUCCUUCAUUCUCUGUUGGCUGCCAUUCUUUCCAGAAAGGGAACAAUUCCUGCAAAUUCUAAGAAGACUCUUCCCAGUUGAUCGUGGAUUAUUUGAGGAUAAAGUAGCCAAUAUUUGGUGCAGUUUCAGUGUCUUUCUGAAGAUCAAGGAUAUUUUGCCACGUCACAUCCAGAUAAUAAUCAGCUUUUGUUUUACAUUUAUGAGCCUGCUUCCUGCAUGUAUAAAAUUAACACUUCAGCCCUCUCCCAAAAGAUUCAAAUUUACUCUGGUUAGCUGUGCAUUGUCAUUCUUUUUAUUUUCUUUCCAAGUCCAUGAGAAGUCCAUUCUCUUGGUAUCAUUACCAGUCUGCUUAGUUUUAAGUGAAAUUCCUUUUAUGUCUACUUGGUUUUUACUUGUGUCAACAUUUAGUAUGCUGCCCCUUCUAUUGAAGGAUGAACUCCUAAUGCCCUCAGUUGUGACAAUGAUGGCAUUUUUUAUAGCUUGUGCAACUUCGUUUUCAAUAUUUGAAAAGACUUCUGAAGAAGAACUGCAAUUGAAAUCCUUUUCUAUUUCUAUUCGGAAAUAUCUUCCAUGUUUUACAUUUCUCCCCAGAAUUAUACAACAUUUGUUUAUCAUCUCAAUAAUCACCAUGAUCCUUCUGACACUGAUAACUGUCACACUGGAUCCUCCUCAGAAAUUACCGGACUUAUUUUCUGUAUUGGUAUGUUUUGUAUCCUGCUUGAACUUCCUGUUCUUCUUGGUAUACUUUAACAUUAUAAUCAUGUGGGAUUCAAAAAGUAGAAGAAAUCAGAAGAAAAUAAACUAACCCUGUCAACAAAUGUGAAAAUGCUAACAGUGCUAACAGGUGUUUUGAACUUUUUGCUCUGUAUAAAUCAUAAAUAAAAUAAUCAUUUUGAGAAUCAUGGAAUUAUAGGAAAAGAAGUGGUAAAAAGUCACUGUCUAUACAAAAUAAAUGUAUACAGGGAAAAACACUCAAUGGAAGGUUUUAUUUUCUAACUGUUGAGUGGCCAAGACAUACUGCAGUUUUAUUAAUAUUCAGUUAUUCAAGUAUGAAAGUAAAAGAAAAAUGUCCUUAAUCCCAGUAUUUACUUGGGAAACAUACUAUAUAACUUGUCUUGAGAAUAAUCUGCAAAUACAGUAAACUUAAUGGGAGAAAUUUAGCCCACUAAAAAAAAA